AUGGCAGGUCAAGGUAGCGAGUCUAAUGCCUACCCAGGAAAGUUUUAUUUCGGCCGUGGUCCCAAUGCCAUAAGUCAUCUGUGCAAUCAGAAUGUAGAUUCGGAUGAUCUUUCGCAGGAAGAAAUGCAAUCUGAUCAGAUGAACACUGCCUCUUCAGCUAAUGUGAGCCUGCAAGAUAGUCAGCUCGCCAAUGGACCGUCAGCUGCACUGGCGGCUAAUUCCAGUGCUCUCUUUCACAACAUAGACUUGAAUGCUGCAUAUCAAGGCAAUGACAUCGGUGACAGUCAGGAAAUAGGAGGAUCGGACACUGACAAAAAUGCGCCUGCAAGUGAUUCAUCUAAUUCUAAUAGAUAUAUAAUCUCUUCUGGAAUUGCCGGGUAUGUGUUGGACGAAGACGAGGGUGGAGACGAUUCUGCCUCAGGUGGUUGGCGUAUAUCCUGCAAAAGAAGAGCUCCUGAAGAUGCUGGACAACUGUCUCUGGGUGAAAGCUUGAGAUCAGUGAAGCAAGGAGAUAGUUUUCAACAGCCAGCUGUUAUUAAUCAAGAAAAUGCUCCUGGAAGAUCCGCCGUGAAUAAUCACCCAAAUGCUGGUUAUCCAGGACAGCUUGGAGAUAGACUUGUGGUUGGAGUCGGAGCACCUCCUGCCCCUUGUCAAUCAUCAAGUGCUGCAGGAGGUGGAAUUGGAACUGAAUCUGGAACAGGUUCUGAAAUGCACCAGAAUUCAAGUAUGGUAAGACAAGCUGAGAACUCCCAGCGAAAUAUCCGUUUGAGAAGUUCUGAAAGUCAAUCAGAUUCUGUACCUGAUAACCUGUCUGCUUGGACCACAAGGAAUCCUCAUGUGCAAUCACCUGGCCAACUAUCUGUGUUUUAUCAAUUCAAUCACCUUCCAAGUUCAAACACAGCUGCAGAAGCGGGAAUGGUUCGUGUAACUUCUCCAAUACAGCCUUUUAUGGGCAUUCCCAAUUCUUCGCAGACACUACAGACCUUCCAGUGGAAUGAAGUCACCAGGGCAAGAACCGGUGAGCCAUCUACUUCCUCUAUGAAUGGAGGCAAUGCCUUGCAUCAGGAUCUGAACUUGAUGAAUGAUCCGAAGAAUGGAACGCUUCCUCCUGAAUUUCAGAGGGCAAAUUUGCCGAAUAUGUCAGCAAACCUUCACUUUGCAAAUGGGAGAGAUUUUGCGGGAAACAUACCACCCAUUCCCCAAAAUGGCUCAAGUUCAACCCAACCAUCUGCUCCCACUUGGUUUCCCCAACCCAACAUGUUAGAACACUAUCCUGGCAGAAUGCCUGACCUUGCCAAUCGCACUGAGCCUCGAGGACCAGUUUGUUACAGGCCAUUUCAUUUGGGUGCUUCACCUGCUGCAGAAGAGAGGGAAUUAUCAGAGGGGAGUGGUAAUACAAGGCCUUCUCAGAUGCCACUUGGGCAAGGCUUGGCAAUGACUGCCAACACAGAAACUGCCACUCGUGAAAUGACACUCCGGGCUUUGAUUUCUGUUCAGAGGAGAAACAGGCUGGCAACUGAGAAAUGUGUCCUCAAAGAUGCAAGCUUUUCUAUUUGGAGCCUUGAUGAGAACUGGGGUGCUUCCGAUGUUAUGUUAAUUGACCGUUCAGCUUUCUUCGGUGACUCUGAUGACGACGAGCCUGAUGAACAUCAAGAUAUGCGCCUUGAUGUGGACAAUAUGUCCUAUGAGCAACUGCUGGCUCUGGAGGAGCAAAUGGGGAAUGUUUCCACUGGAUUAAGUGAGGAUGCUAUUGUGGCAAAUCUGAAGCGGUGGAAGUAUCAAACAGUUGCAGGACGAUCUAGCAGUGAAGAUGAACCAUGCUGCAUCUGUCAGGAGGAAUAUGCUGAUGAAGAUGAUCUGGGGAAGCUGAAAUGUGGGCAUCACUUUCACUUCAACUGCAUUAGGGAGUGGCUCGCUCAGAAGAAUAACUGCCCCAUCUGCAAAAAGCCAGCCGUGGAUUUUUGAGAUCGCCAGUCUCGGCUGUGGACAACCGUCCUUGCCCAUGGACGAUUGUUCUCACUCAUUCGCUGAAAUCGUCUUCCUUUUCUUAUAGAACUGUUAUCAAUGACUGCAACAAACAGGCUCAUGAGAUGCCCCAGUGACUCAUGCUUUACUCUUGUUGUAUUUUAUUUGAGUUCAUCGUACAUGUUCCUCAGGCCUGGUCAUCAGACCUGAGUUGACAGGGUAAGACACACUCCUGAUACAAGAAGGUGCAGUAUAUAAUCCGAUUUUCAAGUGUCUCAUUUCCACUUCGAUUAGCUGCUUGUUCAUGGA